GUUGGCCCCUAUCUCGAGAAACGUAGUCAAUUGCAGCCGAGCUGCCACAGCCGAAUCUCGCUUGUUGCAUCUCGCAUGUUUUAAUCGUGUCGUAUUCUCGUUUCAUUAAUUUUCUGAUUGUGUUAUCUGUUGAAUAAUUUGCAUCACAGGAAUACAAUUCUCAGAAACAUGACGGAAGAGAUUAUCGAAGAAAUGGCGGAUGUGUUCGCUUCGUCACACCGGAUUAAUAAUGAAAACGACAACCCAAGUGAUUCUGGUGUCAACAGUGUUAUAAUCCGCAAUGCGACCAAGACCUUCGGAUCUGGACGUAACAAAUGCGCAGUUCUUCAAGGAUUAAACAUGACCGUUAAAAAAGGAUCAAUAUACGGAUUGCUGGGAGCCAGUGGCUGUGGCAAGACUACCAUUUUAAGUUGUCUCGUCGCUUUGCGUACCUUAAACAGUGGAGAAAUUCAAGUAUUAGGACACGAACCGGGAUCGCCUAAAAGCGGAAUUCCCGGACCGCAGGUUGGCUACAUGCCACAAGAAUUGGCACUGUACGGCGACUUCACCAUCAAGGAGACACUGACAUACUUUGGCCGCCUUUACAAAUUGAAAGCGACUUUUGUGAAAUCGCAAUUGAAGUUUCUGUCCAAGUUAUUGGAUCUACCCUCGUGUGAUCGUUACGUCAAGACGCUGAGUGGCGGACAGCAACGACGCGUCUCGUUCGCCGUCGCUUUGUUUCACGAACCUGAUUUGCUCAUCUUGGACGAACCGACAGUUGGCGUUGAUCCUUUGCUUAGGCACAGCAUUUGGAAUCAUCUUGUCCGCCAAAGUGUUGACCAUGGCAAAACGGUGAUCGUCACGACUCACUACAUCGAAGAAGCAAGACAAGCUAACACGAUUGGAAUGAUGCGGGGCGGUCGUGUUCUAGUCGAAGAUUCGCCGGAAAAUUUGAUAAGGGAUUACGGACUCCCUUCGUUGGAGGAUGUAUUCCUACAGGUUAGCUUGAAGGACGGUAGUAGAAGUUCAGACAAACAAUUGGCUGAAGAUGUAACGAGUUCCAAUGAAGCGGCUCCCGUCGAAACUCAAAUUGAGCCUCAGCCUUCAGAAAGUAGCGCGGAAGCUUCUAAUAAAAUCGGAAAACGAACGCCGAAUGAAAAAGGCGACAAAAUCAAAAGUGUUGCCAGAAAACGUAAAAGUUUUAAUUUGAAAUCUUCACUGCCGACACCUCAUUUCAUUGGUGUACUUUUAAGGAAAAAUGCCCUGGUGAUGAUUCGGAAUUUUGGGAUACUUUUAGUAUCAUUUUUCUUGCCUGCUAUCCAAACGGCCCUGUUUAAUGUUACACUCGGCGGAGAGCCCACUUACCUCAAGAUGGCCAUCGUCAAUGAUGAACUGAAUCUGAGCCAGGGACGCGUUUGCAUCAAUAACACGAUGGAUUGCGCGUAUUCCAUGCUCAGCUGUCGCUACCUUCAGUACAUCAAUGACAAUAUUAUUCAGAUUCCGUACGAUAAUGUAUCGGAAGCUUUAGAAGCCGGAAGAAAUGGUGAAGUUUGGGGUGUCAUCCAUUUCGGACAGAAUUUUACAGAGGAGUAUGAAAUUCGACAGUCUCUUGGCGAUUCGGCAAAAUUGGAUAAUAUCUUACGCAGUCGAAUUAGCAUCAACAUCGAUUCUUCUAAUCAACAAAUCGAUGCGUUUUUAAACAAGUGGCUUGUAGAAGCUUUUCGGGAUUUUUCCCGAGGUUUAUUGAUAGCUUGUGGGCAUGAGCCAGAGGCGGGCUACAUGCCUAUCGAGUUUACAGAUCCAGUUUACGGCAGAAAAGAUACCCAGUAUACUGAGGCCAUGUCCUCCGGCCUUAUUAUAGCAAUUAUCUACUCAUCGUCGCUUGUUUUUAUUACCGGUGUAUUUGUCGGUGAAAGACAACAAGGUCUCGUUGAUCGUAGCUUAGUGGCUGGCGUGAAAAUUGUCGACAUUUUUGUUGGUCACGUUGGAUUUCAGUUUUGCAUCACGGUUUGCCAAACGUCGGCAGUUUUUGUGGUCAUGUUUCUGAUGUUCAAAGUACCUUGCCACGGUAGUGUGGCCCUGGCGUUACUCAUUACCCUCCUCCAAGGAUUCAUUGGAAUAUGCUUUGGUAUGUUUACCGCUGCCAUCUGCGAUAACACUAACGGAGCACUUUACCUGACGCAAGCCAAUUUUCUCCCGAUUUUACUGAUGGGAGGCAUUUGUUGGCCGGUAGAAGGGAUGCCUCCGGCAUUACAAAAGGUUGCCCGUUUCCUACCGGUCACGUAUGGCAUCGAGUGUUUGAGAAGUAUUCUUUCCCGCGGUUGGGGAAUUGAAAUGCCUGAUGUCUACAUGGGAUUUUUAGUAAGCUUUGCAUGGAUAUUUGGAUUGACGAUAUUGACGUUGACAGUUAUUCGCUACCGCAAAUUUUCGAGCUAAAACAGCCGGUCCAUCUAUAAGUGAAUCAAAUUUCCAAUUCGUAAGUUAUUCGUAUUAACAAGUAUGCCACGGUUCAUUUAACCUAUUCUGAAUUAACAAAUAGCUGUCAAUUUUUUGUCUAACUCUACCAAACAAUAUUAAUUUUGCCUGAUACCAAUGGCAAUAAAGUUAUCAAAUUGUUUUGUAAUUUAAACAGAAUCAUCUAUUCGCGUCAUUUCCUUAAAUGCGUUACACAAUUUUAUCUUAACUUUCGAAGUGUUGCAAAACAGAAUUGAAAACUCAAAACGUUUAUUUGCAAUUUAAUGCCUUAGAAAUUAAUUAAGUAAUGCUUAUUUCAUCUUCCCCUGCCACGCGCUGCGCCCCGAGUAAAACCUCCGCGUCCACCUCCUGCCCCUUUGCUGCCUUUGGGUGGAGGAGAUUUAGGGCGAAGAGCUUCAAUCCUUUCUGUGCAUCCGGUAGUCGUACAGUUACUAUUAAAGUAGCCAGCGUAUGUUUCUGCGUUGUAGUUGCUGUUUGUUAACGCUGGACCAACCGUCAACCAACCCGGUCGAAUAGUACUGUCUCGCCCGAAUAAGUGGAGCCUUAAAAAUUAAUUAUUAAUUAAAAUUCUAAUGAAGUGACCGUAAAAAUAAAUUCCUAACCUCCUUUUGCCAAGACAAAAAUGUUCAAUGAUGUUGAAAAUUUCGGACGGUUUCUCCAGAGAUCCAUACUCGGGUUCUUCCGUAAUUAUCAAAUCGAUAUCGACAUUGGCAUGGAUGAAAUCUCCGUCCGUGGAACGCCUAACUGUUCCUUUGAUUCCCAUCAGACAAUGCUCCUACUCAAAAUCAGUACAUCAGUAAAAGCAUUUGGUUAGACGAAAUUGAAAUGGUCUUACUUUGGUUCGCUGGAAAACGGCUUUCUGCUCGAGGUUUUUCGAAUGACCCGGAGCGUCUGCAUUGGUUUUUAUCCAGCAAAUGUCUUCGCAUCGCCGGAAUCCCCAUCGGCGCAAGCACACACGCCCCAAGUCUAGUCCAUCACUGGAACCACACCACAAAAAUAUGAAACUCCUAGGAGCAGCAACUUCACCUAUGUCGAGUUCCAUAAUCUAA